AUGUCGCUAACCGGAAAUAGUGACGCCGCCCUGGCUAGGGCAAGGGGGGCAAGGGCGCUGGAGGAGCGAGCGGGGGCGGUGGAGGUGGAGGUGGCGGUGGUAGGGGGAGUGGGGGUGGCGGUGGGAGUGGAGGUGGGAGUGGAGGGGUCGGUGGCGGCAGCAGAGGCGGAGGCGGCGGCGGCGGUGGCGGUUGGGGCGGAGGUGGCGGAAGUGGCGGCGGUGGAGGCGGCGGCGGAGGCGGCGGCAGUAGCAGAGGCGGAGGAGGCGGCGGAGGCGGCGGGGGUGGCGGUGGAGCUGGUCGCGGGUCCUCGCAGAGGAGUGGCUCCGGUGGUGGCUUGCGCCAGCAGCAGCAGCACGGUCGUGAGACCCUGUCCCCUCAGCAGCUCCGUGAGUGGUACACUGCACGCCAGCGGGUGUGGGGGAGCGCACCCCACCCAGCGCUGCUUUGGCCGCCUGACGGACGCGUGGCGUCACCAGUUCCCGGAGGCCUCAGAGAUCCCUCGCUGGGGCGAGCUGUCUAGGGCGGGUGUUGCCAUCUUUGAUCUUGACUUUGAUGCUAUUCUCUCUGCCAUGUAUGCUGUGUCUAUUAGUGAUGAGGGUGACUGUUACCGGUGUUUCCCGCCCGAUCCGGGCAUUGAGACUGCUGCUCUAGGUACUGGUGAGGCGGCUGCCCUAGGUGCUUGCGACGCUGCUACUCUAGGUGCUAGUGUGUCUGCGUCCUCAGGUACUGGUGAGUCUGCGCUCUCAGGUACUACGUCGGCUUCGGCCUCCCUCACCUUCACCCUUGACUCUAGGGCGUCUUGCUCCUUCUUUCGAGACUGCACCACACUCACGCCGCUUAGUCGGCCGGUUGCGGUGUCUCUGGCUGACCCCUCUGGGGAUCCUCUCCUGUCUCGCUUCUCUACAGUCCUCCCGUGUCCGGCGCCUCCCUCUGGCACCCUGUCUGGUCUCUACCUCCCCUCGUUCUCUACGAACCUGGUGAGUGGUGCUGACCUACAGGAUGCGGGUGCACACCAGUUCACUCCAGCGCGUCAGCGGGUGACGCACUGCACAGAGGCUAGCACAGGUCGACACCUGGCUACGUUUACCCGUCAGCCGGGGUCGAGCCUGUACACACUGACCACUGCGUCUCCUCCCGCUGCUGAGUCUGGUAGGGUCGCUGCAUCAGGUCAGGUGUUUGCUGCAGCGUCCAGGUCUGGUCCUGAGUCUUCCCCCUGUUCGUGUCGUCUCCUGUCUCACGAGACUCUCCUCUGGCACCACCGCCUUGGCCACCCCUCUCUGCUUCGGCUCAGAGGCAUGGCCUCCCGUCUUCUAGUGUCUGGUCUCCCCUGGUCCCUCCCUCCCCUUCCUCAGGGCCCUGGCCCUACCUAUGUCCCCUCUGUCGAGGGGCGCCAGCGUGCUGCCCCUCACUCCUCCUAG